AUCGUCCUGGACGUGGGCUGCGGCUCCGGCAUCCUCUCCUUCUUCGCGGCGCAGGCCGGGGCGAGGAAGAUCUACGCGGUGGAAGCCAGCACCAUGGCGCAGCACGCCGAGGUUUUGGUGAAGAGCAACAACCUGACGGAGCGGAUCGUGGUCAUCCCGGGGAAGGUGGAGGAGGUCUCGCUGCCCGAGCAGGUCGACAUCAUCAUCUCCGAGCCCAUGGGCUACAUGCUCUUCAACGAGCGCAUGCUGGAGAGUUACCUCCAUGCCAAGAAAUACCUGAAACCCAGCG